AUGGAAGAAGGGUUUAUGGGAUGGGUCAUGGAGCUGACGGCCUGGGUGGCCCCCUUUUUUAUCGUCAUGUCGCCCGUCCUCUCCUAUGCCGACCAGAUCGUUUCCAUGUACCGAAGCAAGACCAGUGCAGGCUUCUCUCUUGAUAUUCCUCUUAUUAUGCUUGUGGCGUCUCUCCUGAGAAUAUUUUACUGGCCCCACGCUCAAUACGAUACGAGUCUUCUCCUCCAGUCCCUGUUGAUGAUUGUCGUUCAAGUGGCUCUCCUGAAGGUCGCUCUUGACUUCCGACCUCCUCCCCCCACCAAGGGCGGCGACGCUGGUCUGCCUUUCGCUGGUGCCGACGACAACUUGAUGGGCUUCCAACGCCCCUAUAACUUCUGGCAAUGGCGAUCUCCCCGACGAUACUGGCAGGCUGUCAUGUACUUUGCUGCUGCUCUCGUUGUUCUUGAGCUUCUCCUUUCUCAGAUGCCUGGUCUCUAUGCUGUAUAUGCGAACGCUAUUGGAUGCAUUGGACUUGGUGUGGAGGCGACACUUCCCAUCCCUCAGAUCUUGGUCAACGCACGAUCCAAGUCUUCCAAGGGUCUACGACUGUCGGUCUUGGCUGCCUGGAUUGGUGGAGACACAAUGAAGCUGUUUUGGUUCUUCACAUCAAAGUCUGAGAUUCCAUGGUCUUUCAAGAUCUCAGGCAUGUUCCAGGCGUCAUGCGAUUUUUUCCUUGGUUUCCAGUACCUGCUGUACAACACUCCCGAGGAGCCUGCGCAAAUCAAGGAGCACCCUAUGGUUGAGUGGGAGGCACCCAAGGCGACAACGCGAAGCCACAGCCGAAGCCUUACCCCUACACGACGACCCGCUCCUUUUGUUGGCGCACAAGAAGUUAAAUAA